AUGUCACACUGGUAUUACCCAAAGUUACGUUACUAUCUCAACAUCGAUCUACAAGUUAGGAUUCAACAUGCUGUCUCGUGGACUAUUGUUAAUCUACCUUCCCUUAAUACUAUCUUGUCUUUUAGUCAAGGAAAAGCAAAACAUAAAUUAUGCGCCGAUUGUAAUAAACGGUUUUGCAUUAAAACACUGGGAAAAGAUUAUUGUGUCGGUGCUAAACCUGGGACGGGUAUCGGGGACGAUAUAGAGUUUCCGGAAAAGUGUGGGGAUCAGUUGACUGCGACUUGUUUUCAACGUGACUCUUAUAAAGAUGAGAUAAUUGUGUGGCUUUAUAUCGCAUUAACAGCAAGUCUGCUUGUAUUCGCGUUAUUGAAACCAUUAGUAAAGGGUUGGUGGACG